AUGUGCCUCCAGCUUCCUAUACACCCUCCACAGGAAAGAGACGACGGGAAACCGACAGAGCCACCGCAACGCCCGAAUAAAAAGACGCAAACCCCUGUAGCCACUGCGGUAUUUCACCACGUGCUUCACCCCGUCCACUUUCUUCACGUCCAGCACCUUCGUCCACUCCAAAAACCGUUUCACAUUCCCGGGACGCAGCAUGCGCGGGAUCUUUUCCCCCACUCCCCUUUUCACCCUGCCCAACAAUCCGCCCACCCCCCGGCCAACGUGACCUAUCGCCCGCCGGAGCAGGUUCCGCUUCUUCUGUUUGGGCGCGAGCAACAAAGCGGAGAUAGCCAGCCAAGGGAAGGAGAAGCACAAGUCCAGCCAAAAAUCACGCGUCAGAUACUGCACGGCGAUGGCGUGGGGGUCCGUCAAGAGCACCAGGGUCUCCGUCUCUGCCUCAGAGUCGACCCCGGCUUCCACCUCGGUCCGGAAGGCGAGGGCCAGGUCGGCGAGGAACCAGAAGGUUUCCAGAAGAAGAAGGUGAUAGAUGACAAG